AUGGAACCUCCACAUUUUACCAACGAACAAACCCCAGCUUUUCUGGCUAGGAAAAGAAGAAGACUCGCGUUGAACACAAAGAAAAACAUCUCUGGCAUUGUUAGUUCCUCUCAAUCGUCUCAUCAACAUCUCACACCCCUUCCAAAUUUGCUAACAUACCAAAAUCUUAACACUACACCUCCUACCACAACCCAACACCAGUUUCAUGUAUCAACUAGCCAUCACAUAAGAAAUAUCCUUCCAUUUGACUAUACCAAUAAGGAAAAUGUAUCCCCAUAUUUCAGGCAAAAUCAAUCAACUACUCCCAUUCCAACUAUGCCAUCCACGGAACAUGCACCUUUACAGACAACUGGAUCAAAAUCCUGUCAUACAGCUUCUUCUAGCCGUCCCCUGAAAAACAAAAACACUGCAAAGACACCAUUUUUUACUCUUCCGCUCAGACAAAAUCUUAUAAACAGCUUCAAUAAAACCACUCAUCCUCAUAAACCAACUAUAAAUGCCAAUACCAACCACAAGACAACACCACAAACAAUGCAGUCUCGUACCCCACAUUCUCAAUUUUAUACAACAAUGGCUGCUGCUGAUUACUCAAGCGACGAUUCUUGCAGCCAAUCUGAGGAGGACAAUGCUAUGGAUAACAAUUCUGAUUCGGAUGGAGGUCAACUUGCGGUUCCUUUAGUCAACUCCCAUGAUGAAGUUUACUCUGAUAUUGGAGAUCCUGUAUGGGAGUGCAAACACUGUGAUGCCUAUAUGUGGUAUCAGGAGCGUAAAGGGAAGUCAAGACAUACAACUAUUCCAAAUUUCAGUUUAUGCUGUAAGGGAGGCAAAAUUGUUGUGCCAUUAUUGGUAACACCACCACCACUUCUUAACACUCUUCUCUUUGAUCCCAAUUUGAAAGAUGCAAACAAUUUCCAAAACAACAUACGAACCUACAACGCAAUGUUUUCAUUUACAUCCCCUGGAAUAAAGUUUGACACUUCCAUCAACGAAGGCGGAGGUCCUCCAACAUUACGAUUGCAUGGACAAACUUGCCACCGAAUCGGCAGCUUGCUUCCUGAACAAGGAGAACUACCAAAAUAUGCUCAAUUGUAUAUAUUUGAUACGGACAAUGAAAUCGACAACAGAAUCAAAUGUUUCAAGGACAGCAAGAAUGUUGACAGGUCUAUUGUUAGUAACUUGAAGUUGAUGUUAGAUGAAUAUAAUCCUCAUGCCAAAGCUUUUAGAAUGGCAAGGGAUAUGAUUAAACAAACAGGUUUCCAAGAUAUCAAACUGAAACUUAUUUCAGAACGAUCUUCAGAUGGUCGUGUCUAUAACCAUCCCACCGUAUCAGAGGUUGCUGCUCUUAUCGUUGGUGAUGUCGACACCGCAUCUAAGAGAGACAUUAUUGUUCAACACCGUGACGGUUAUCUACAGAGGAUAGAUGAGUUUCAUUCAGCUUAUCUAGCCUAUCAAUAUCCGAUGAUAUUUGCAUAUGGAGAAGAUGGAUACAGAGAUAAUAUACUACACAAGUAUAAACAUGAAAAGGAAGUUACAAAGCAAAAUCGUCAAACUAUCAAAGAUUGGUUAUGUUUCCGAUUGCAUGAACGCAAAAGCGAGGCUAGGACACUUCUUCAUUCAAGGAGACUAUUUCAACAGUUUUUAGUCGAUGGAUAUACCAUGAUGGAAUCAGAACGUCUUAACUGGUUGAGAAAAAAUCAAUCCAAGCUAAGAGUUGGGAAAUAUACAAAGCUUAAUGAACAAUCUGAUAGCGCCACAGAACAACCACAUUCUAAAACUGGAAGAAGAAUUGUCUUACCAUCCUCAUUUGUAGGUAGCAAGAGAUACAUGGAUCAGUUGUAUUUCGAUGGAAUGGCUAUUUCCAGUGCUAUUGGUUUCCCUGAUUUAUUUUUAACUUUUACCUGCAAUCCUAAAUGGCCUGAGAUUACACGUCACCUAUCCAUGAGGAAUUUAAACCCAGCAGAUCGCCCCGACAUAGUUUCAAAGGUCUUCAAAAUGAAGUUUGACGAGCUAAUGGUUGACAUAACAAAGAGACAUGUUCUUGGAAAAGUCAUGGCCUACAUCUACACUAUAGAAUUCCAAAAAAGGGGGUUGCCGCAUGCUCAUAUUCUCCUAUUUUUACAUCCACAAAGCAAGUAUCCCACUCCACCAGAUAUUGACAACAUAAUUUCAGAUGAAAUACCAGAUCCACAACUGCAUCCUAGGUUGUACCAAUUAGUUAAGACACAAAUGAUGCAUGGUCCAUGUGGUCUUGCACGACCAAAAUGUCCAUGCAUGAAACAUGGUAAAUGUUCUAAGUUUUUCCCUAAAAAGUUCAAUGAAACUACCAUUGUUGAUCAUGAGGGUUAUCCAGUUUACAAGAGAAGUUCACAAACUUUUAAUGUUGUUCAAAAUGGUAUUACCUUGGACAACAGGUCUGUGGUUCCGUAUAAUACCAGGUUACUCCUUAAAUAUCAAGCUCACAUCAACAUGGAGUGGUGUAACCAGAGCACCUCAAUCAAAUACCUGUUCAAGUAUAUACACAAGGGAUACGAUCGAAUCACGGCAUCUGUUUCGCGAUCAGGAACUUCAUCCAAUAAUAGUGAGAAGGUAAUUGAUGAAAUUAAGGAAUACCUUGAUUGUAGAUACGUGUCACCAGCUGAAGCAUGUUGGCGGUUUUUUUCAUACAAGAUUCAUGGAAGGAAACCUGCUGUUGAGCGUAUGUUCUACCAUCUAAUCGGUGAAAAGCCGUUGUACUACACUGAUUUUGAAAGGAUGGAAAAUGUUUUAGAAAAAGCAAGUAUAACAGAAUCUAUGUUUACUUCGUGGUUACUUGCAAAUGGUCAGUUUGAAGAUGCAGCACAGUUGACAUAUGGCCAGUUUGUUUCUAAGUUUGCAUAUGUGAAAAAAACCCGCUCAUGGAAACCAAGAAAAAAAGGUUUUACAAUUGGAAGGCUCAUUUGGGUUCCACCAACAACCGGGGAACUCUAUUAUCUAAGGAUGAUGUUAACCGUUGUGAGAGGACCAAAAACUUAUGAAGACAUUCGCAAGAUCGGAGACAAACAAUACGACUCAUUUAGGGACGCAUGCUUCGCAAUGGGAUUCCUAGAAGAUGAUCGAGAAUAUAUAGGUGCUAUUAAAGAGGCCAGCCAAUGGGGAUCUGGACAUUUCUUGCGCAAAUUAUUUAUUGUUAUGCUUCUUUCUGGAACUGUUAACAGACCCGCAAAUGUGUGGAACAAAACUUGGAAUCUGCUAUCGGAUGGAAUCUUGCACACCCAAAGAAUUUUGGCAUCAAACAAAGGUACAUGA